GUCAGCUUCAAUACCACGAGCCUCGAUGAAUGAAGAUCAUAUUGCCGAAUAAUAUGGAUAUAGCUGAUCAGGAAGUUUCCGAUGCCAGAAUGGGAGACGUCAUGGGCUUUACGAGUUUUGGUUCACGACCGGAAGUAAAGAAGCGUAAAACAUCGCACGUGGAUCAACCCGUAACAUCAACAACAGCGCACGUUACAACGCCGCUCGCAAACAGCGGAUUCCAGAAUACUCAGAUAUUGACACACAAUCCUGCUCAAAUCACACAGCUUCCUACAGAUGCAUCUUCAACUUCACCCACGUCUGAGCAGCCCAAGAACGCCUUUCCAACUGGGGUUCCUAUGGACAUAUUCAAUAAGCUGACUUGGAAAGAACUGGAAGCGUAUCGCAAAGGUGUUAAGAAUGAAAAUGGUGAUAUCGCCUGGUUCUUACCGAGUUUCAUUGAAGACCCAUGGGCGAAGCUCGAGAAGAGCGCGAACUAAGGUCAUUUUGUACGGCGAAGACUAGAAUUUUGCAUCAUUCCUCCUCCAAAAGCUAGCAGAUAAAUAAUUUGAGCAAGUUUCUCCCGCCAAAUGGUCAAAUCAUAAAACGUGG